UGGCCGCCCCGGGACGGGGGCGUGGCCCCGCGAGGGCGGAGUUUCAAGGGUUGGGGGGAGCCGGGUCCCCCCCAUCGAAGACGGGAGCCGGGCGCGGCGCGGUGCGAAGCUGAGCGAGGGCUGCGGCGGGCCGAGGAUGCUGCGGCGCCGGGGGCUGCUGGUGCUGUGCCUGGGGCUGGCGCUGGCCAAGCCGCCCCCCGAGAAGCGGGACCGGGUGCACCACGGGCAGGAGCUGAGCGACCACCCGCACGACGACCGCCAGGGCUUCCAGUACGACCACGAGGCCUUCCUGGGCAAGGAGCAGGCCAAGACCUUCGACCAGCUCACGCCCGAGGAGAGCCGGGAGCGCCUGGGGAAGAUCGUGGAUCGGAUCGACCGGGACCGGGACGGCUUCGUGACCCAGGCCGAGCUGAAGGACUGGAUCAAGCACACCCAGAACCGGUACAUCUUCGAGAACGUGCAGAAGAACUGGCGGGACUACGACCGGGACGGCGACGGGCGCAUCGCCUGGCCCGAGUUCAAGAACGCCACCUACGGCUACUACGAGGGGGAGGAGUUCGGAGACCUGGAGGACAAACAGUCCUACCGCAAGAUGCUGGCGCGGGACGAGCGGCGGUUCAAGGCGGCCGACAGGGACGGGGACAUGGUCGCCACGCGGGAGGAGUUCACCGCCUUCCUGCACCCCGAGGAGUUCGACUACAUGAAGGACAUCGUCGUCACGGAAACGAUUGAAGACAUUGACAAGAACGGGGACGGCUACGUGCAGGUGGACGAGUACAUCGGCGACAUGUACACCCCCGAGAGCGGCGAGCCGGAGCCCGAGUGGGUGCAGAGCGAGCGGCAGCAGUUCCUGGAUUUCCGGGACCUGGACCGGGACGGGCGGCUGGACCGGGCCGAGAUCGGCCACUGGAUCCUGCCCCAGGACUACGACCACCCCGAGGUGGAGGCCAAGCACCUGCUCUACGAGUCCGACAAGGACAAGGACCAGCGGCUGACGAAGCAGGAGAUCCUCGACAACUGGAACAUGUUCGUAGGCAGCCAGGCCACCAACUACGGGGAGGAUCUGACCCGCAAACACGAUGAGCUGUGACCGGGGGGGGCCCGGGCCCCCCUGCCCCCCACAACGCCACUGCACGGACCCUGGGGGGAGGGGACUUAUUUAUUGGGGGGCUAUACGGAUUGGGAGGGGUGGUAGGGCACGGACUAGGAGCCAGGACUCC